AUGCACUUCAUACGCCUCUCCCUUUUCAUUGGCUGCUAUCGACUCUUUGGAAGAGCAACAGAAAAAGACAUCUUUGAUGACGGUUGGGAUGCUGAACUGGGAGGAGAGGAGACCUCAGAUAUAGGAGAAGGACGCGGCAUUUACGAUGAUUUUAUGAUGGGUGGCACACCUCCUUUGGAAAAGUAUGAGCUCCUUGCCUUGUUCAGAGAGCACCUUGAUAUUGAUCGGUUCAGGGAUGGCUCGGUGACGCUAGAGGAGAUGGGGAAAGUUGUUCGGAAGGCUGAGAGGAUGGAGUUUCGUCAACAGAUUGAAGCGGAUAGGAAUGCUCUCGAUACGGAUGGGGAUGGGGUCCUGAGCUUGGAAGAAUUCUUGGCAGUCUACGACUUGAGUGGAGGUGGUCCAUCUGGGGACCUCCGGCAGAAAUGGAUUGAGACCUAUACACAUUCCCUUGAAGAGCUAUUCAAAACAGGGGAUGCUGAUUUCAAUGGCGUUUUGGAUUUUGAUGAGUUCGCCGCAUUCUUGAGCCCCGUUCCGGGAUCAGAUUUGGCGAAGGCUGUCAUGGUGGCAGACUUCUCCUACAGGGAUUCCAAUCAGGAUGGCAGAAUCGACUUGAAAGAAACCCAGGAGCAUGCUGGUGACGAUGAAGGUGCUGACAGCGUGGGCGAGGACGAGUUCAAGAGAUACGAUGCUGACGGAGAUGGGCACUGGAGCUUGGAGGAGUUUGAGGUGUACAGUCGUGAUCUCGACAAUGCGUCUCUUGAACUCGGACGCGACUUGUUGGAACAGAUCGAUGCGGAUGGAGACGGGAUAAUCAGCAUGGAAGAGUUUGAGAAGGUGCUGGGAGAUGUGGUUAAGCUUAGGAGUAUAGGAACUCAUCCGUUCAUCCAGACGUUGGCCGUGCUACUGCCUCCGGAGAACCCCACUAGGGAUGGGGGACAGCCGGGUAUGGAGGCCAUCGAUGAAGAUGCUGAAGAUGAUGUUGGGGAUGCGACCAAGACAGGUCAUCUCGAGGAUGCCGACGAGGUGGACGACGCGGACCUUUGA